AUGUCCGCAUCUGCCUUGCAAGACACAACKUCACCGGCUCCUCUCACACAGCCAAUCGGCACUAUCUUGUUCACACUCCCGCGCGAGCUGCGCGACCAAAUCUACGGCUACGUCUUCCAGUCCGAUGUUGAAGAGGGGGAGGCAGUCGACCUCUACUGCAACAGUCCUCCUUCCAAGGCACUCUGUCUCACCAACAAACAAAUAUACGACGAGACGCACAAGCUGCACAAUAAGGCCUUCAGAUCCUACUAUCGUGACACCGAGUUCAUUAUCAUCAUGGAGGCUUUCGGUUCGUACACUGCUGCUUGGUCCUUCACUCCAAAGGAGGAAGCCAACAUCAACCACGUCAAUCAUGUCACGAUCAAAAGCGUAAUACCGACAUGUGGCUGGUCCCAACUCUGGUCGACGUACAAACUUCGUCUGGGAGGAGAAAUCUGGGCAUGUGACCCGGAAAUUGAUCUCGUCCAACCACGCCGUUACCUCGAGAUCGGAGCGGACAUCUCCACAGGAGUCGUUAGACCGGCCAUCUCCUACUCCUACUCUAAUGCAGGAGGUCCUCUGAAACCAGAAGCUGCGAGCGAUCUCUUGGAGCACGCCGAACGUUCACGGAAGCUUCAUGGGCUGGGACCCGCUCCACCUCUGGUAGAGCAACUGCAGGUUAUUUCUGAGAGGGCUGCUCGUACUACGAGGUGGUACUACAGGGUAUUCGAGCGUUAG